AUGACCCGUAAGUUAAAUUUGAGGAGUAAUAACACAUCCCACGCACCGCGACGUCAUUCCGUGAGCAAACAUACAAACCCCUCUUCGCUCUCUCGGACGCCGUCGUCGGUGCAUUUUUCGCGAUCGACCUCGUCAAAUAGUUUACCGGCGGAGUUACCGCCUUCGAAUCCCGUUUUCAAACCCCCAAUUGCGCACGCGGGGUCAAAUACAACCAUUGAGGAGACCAAAACCCCCCCAUCUGUCCCAUCCUUUACCGUUUCCUCCUCCGCAGUGAAUGUAAAUAACCCUAACAAACCACCAGGCCGCACCCUAAACCCCGCCGCCAAGGAGUUCGAGCUCCCGACAAACGGCACCUCCUCCUUUUUGUAUGGUGCAAUGAUACCCGACUCACGGGCGGCCGCUCUGUUUGCCAUGGCAUCCCAUCGGAUGAUUCCCAACAUGCCGACCCCGGCGCUCGCGAGCGAUUAUACCACUUCCUGGAAUGUCCUCGGGAUGGAGCGGCAGUCCCGGGUGAUGAUGCCGCCUGAUCCGCCCAUAAACCACGCCAUAAGCUCAGAUGAGAAGACGGUGGAGAGGCUUGUUGGUCAUCUCCGCACGACCUACAUGCUCAAGUGCAAGGAGCAGAAGCUCCACAUGGUGGCGGUGCUGAAUUUGGAAAAUCACACAAACGACAAGGAUCUGCUGAAUAUCUUUUCAGCAAUGAGCGCCUCCGAGGCGAUAAUGCUCACCGUGAAUGACAUACCUUAUUCGAUCUUCAAUACCAUUAGCUUAUUUGUUCGCCGUGGGGUUGGGGUGGUGUUCUUUUUGGAAAAAGACUUUGCUAUGCUGGGGGUUGAAAAGUUAAACAAUUUCGUUCCUAAUGGUCAACAUCAGCAGCUCACGGUGCGAUACUGCGGCCCGGACCCGGGAUCCCCGAUCCCUCCCAACAACACCACGGUCCCAGUCAUGAACCCUAACCCUAACCCAGCCUCAAACCCAGGCCUGCAUAACCAGCUUCCAUGGAUUUUGCCGGCCAUGGAUUUGGAUAAAGUUCAUGAGGAGAUGCGGUUGAUUUACGAUCACCUGGGGGAGCCCUUGCACUAUAUGGUUGCCAUUCACGGCUUGUGCAGCAGUUCCGCUAUUCGAGUCCUUAAAAAGAACGUCUUAACAGAGGAUAUUCACAGCUGUGAGCGGUGGCCCCCAACGAAUCUUCAGCUCCUGCCCCAACUCAAGUAUUCCAUCCCUUGGCGCUGUCGGAGCGUCAGUGCGGUGGUGUGGUAUACUUCGGAAUACGUAGCGAAGGCGGCGGUGCGGGAUCUUAAUAACUGCAUUCCAGAGGGACAACAACAAAAGGUCUGUUUAUGCCUCCUUGGGCCACCCAAACGCCAAUCUCACCAUAUCUCCUCUAAUCGGGACACCCCCUGCGUUGGGGAUCAAUACCUGAAGGAUACAAUCCCCCGAAUAACCCCAUCGCUCAAUUUUGCCACCGCCAUUACCAUGGGAAGCCAACCGAAAAAGGUAUCGAGAGCGGGCAAUACUCCCUCGACUUCAUUAUCGUGUACCAGUACAUCUGCAAAUGAUAAUGUCGCUAUUUUCGCACACAUUGAUUCGUACUUUUUAAACAAAUUUGCUGAUAAGGAUUAUUACAUGGUUGCAGUUCAUAAACUAGACAUUCAAACUGAUCAAAAAAAUCUGCACGAAAUUUUUUAUCCCAAUGGCGCCGUCUACACUGACUUAUAUCCAGAUGUUGUCAUGUUUGAUGGCAAGCCCCGCCGCAGUGGGGUUGCGCUUUUCUCAUCCCAGGGAAUGGCCAUGGAAGCGGCCAGUCGCUUUAAUGAUUUCGUGCCGAACGGCCAAAACCGCCCACUCCUAACACGCUAUCUUGCCCGUCCCGAGUCGAGCUUUACACACAUUGGGAAUAAAAACAACUUAAAUGCGUCCUAUUCGACCUGGAAGGAAUCGACCUUUGAUGAGGCAACCAUCGCACCGGGAACCCGAAAUAUUGAGCAGAUCGUGACGGCCUUUCGAUCCGCCGGGGUCAGCAGCGUGCGGCAGGCCAAGAAUGAUCUGCCCCCUCAACAAGCCCAAAGGGGAACGCCGCCCUUUUCAACCCCAUGUGCGCCCUUGGUCAGCCUUGAGGACCUGCUGUGCAGUAUUCAAACCCAGCUCUCUACCUUCGAUCUCAAUGCCGAGCGGUUGGAGGAGGACAUGGUAAAUCUCGCGAAUCACCCCGACAGCGCCGAGGACACCGGUGCCAAGCUCGCCAAGCUGCUCGUCAACACCCUCGUGAGGGCCAAACACCAGUCCGUGAUGCUGUCGCCGCCGCUUUCCGGAGCCAUUUCCGGCCUCCACGACCGUCUGGACAUCCCCAAACGCAGCCCCGCGACCCCCGACAGCACCUAUAAUGACAGCCAGAACAAAGAGAUCCAUCGGAAUAUGGAAAAACGAAUCACCUUUGUUAAGCAAAUCGCGAAGGAGCUGUUGUUUUUGGUGACUCAGGAGGAGGUCCCGCCUCAGACGCGGCGUGUGGUGGGCACCUUGUGCGCGUAUAUCUUUCAAUAUUCCUAUUUACGCGACAGCCCCUGCAAGUUUGCGGUGGAAUUUCUCACCAAGCGCCGAGCCGAGCGAAAGCGCGCGGCGGCAUCCGCAUCCCAAGAUCCCACCAUCCUGAGUAAAUACAACCACCAGCAGCCAUGGGUUUAUUUUGUGGAAUCCUUGGAUGACAUGACGCGGUUUUGGCUGAAGAAUAAAUUGCGCGCGAAGUCUGAUGAGUACGCAAGGCGCUAUCUCUCGUUGAGGGCCGAAUUGUUGGGGGAAAGCGAGUCUCUGACCUCCAGUGCGGUGGCAAACACCACACUGGGGAAUCCCGAAAAGAGCACGAAGACGGAGCCCUCCAUUUUCUCGCCCUGCGGCAACGUGGAUUACUUCAGCAACAAGGAAACGAUGUCGGGAGGAGGGCCGAACCGGGAUAGUGUGGGGGGUCCCACGGCCACCAACACCACCACCGGCCAAGGCGUAGCCUCGGCCAAUCUUUCCUCAGCGUUGUUGACGCCGAGCGCGCGCCCCACCCCUCUUCGCGUCACCAAAGGCUCCAUGACAAGCGGGAGUGGGAAUCGAUAUAAACAAACUCCCCUUGAGGGUGUGAGCAACUCCGCCCAGGCGCUCCCACCGCGCGUUAUGUUGACGCCGGGAAGCAAUCAAACCCAGGGGGUCUCGGCGAAUAUCUCGCUGGAAAGUGCGGUGGAUCACAGCUCCGCUCGGGUUCACUCGUUUAUGUCCGAUUUAAGCGCUCAGAGCCCUCAGGCGGCGCAUUACUUCCAGACCUUCUCCACGGUGGUGGGAAAGCGCAAUCCCUCACCGUCCACGCGCGGCACCACGGUAACCGAAGGGGGGGAUCAUCAUGUCCUUCCAGGCAAUCCAACGCGCUCGGCGGCACCUUUGCCGGAAACCAACUCCACCGCGCCGUCUAACGCGGAGGCCGGGAAUGAAAUGCCACCACGCCCGCCUCAAAUGGUUAUUAACCACCGCUCCGAUGUCAGCGAGUGUACCGUCUAUAUUACAAAGCUGCCCUCGUCCUUUACGGCCUCGCAGGUGCGUCGUCUAUUUUUGAACUUCGGUUCCUUCACAAAGGUUCGUCUUUGCCAUGAUGAUAAGGAAAGCGCCGUCCAGGCCGCUGCUCCAUUGAACAACCACGGAAAGUUGUGCUUUGUGUUCGUUGAGUUUGCUGAAAGCCUAAGCGCGAAAGCCAUUGUGGAAUACUUCAGGAAUGCUUCUCACAUCCCGAACGCCUUUGAUUUCAUGCGGCAACCACAGCAAUCGAAUGGUACCGACACCUCCACGUCUUCUGCCAGCGUGGAUGCUUUAACCGCGGAGCAAAAGAUACACCUGGAGCGGGAUAUUGGACUGUUAUCAGGAACCCGCGCAAGCCCGGCGCGUAAACCCAUCCAUGAUCAACAAUAUCUAGAUGCUGUAUUGCGUUCACCCACCCCUUCUGAGAUAGCAAACUUUGAUAUCUCGUCGAAUGCGUCGAUUGUGGAGCGCGGAUGUCUUUUUGGAGUUUUAAUGCCCGAUUUGGCGAUUGAGACCUACAACAGCAACUCCUGUAUGGAACUUCGGCCUCCGAUGGCAUCGGCCCUUAACAACAGCAAUUCCAUGACGAAUCCAACCUCCUCAAUUUCAGUGGCAGAAGAAAAGACGCAGUUAUUGGCGGUGAAAACACCUUCUCAGCCGACACUUUGCCAGCCGAUCCCCUUGGUGGACUCUACGGGGCUUAUAAUAAUGCCGCCUGAUGGGCAAUCCACGACGAAGGUGGCGAACUCUACCCCUUCUCACAAUCCAUUUGUCGAAAAUGAUGAUGAUCUGCACGAUGAGGAGGAGAAGGGUCCGGAUUUGGAUAUUCAAGCGCUCACGGACGCCUGGAUAGGGCAUCCGUCGAUCGGUCAUGAUGGAUUUAAGCGCUGGGGAACCAAAGUCCCCCCUGAAGGUGUAAUUGGGGAUAGCGUUGACGGGAUUAACUUUGGAGCGAAGCUUACUCAUUCUAGAGAACCUUCUCUGGUGAGGUUUAAUGAUACCAGAAGCGAGGAUAAUUCUAUCAACAGUUUACCGAACCAUGGAAACAUUUGGAUGAACUUUGAAAUGUAA